UGGAUGUAGUUAUGGACACAGCAAAAGAAAUUUAUACUGAGCUUGCGUCUAGAGAUAAUAGGACUGAGCAAGGCAGAAUUUACGAUACUGUUCAACAUGGUACAGGAGAGCUUGCAGAUAAAACUACCCCUUCAGCCAAGAAGUGUACACCACUUUUGUUAUGGUGUACCCUCGUACAUUCAAUUUUAAUUGGACUGUUGAUUAUUGCAGUAUCUGUUUCUUUAUACAUAAGUACAAAGGUUUCAAAGGCUUCAAAUAGUAAAGUUGAUGGUGGCUGGUCCGAGUGGAAUCCAUGGAGACAAUGCUCUGUUCCAUGUGGCGUAGGACUUCAAAGCCGUACACGUUUGUGCACAAAUGCAUCUCCAGCAAAUGAUGGCAAGCAAUGCGUUGGACAAAACUUCGAAGUUAAACUGUGUUAUCGUGGGUUUUGUGACGAGGAUUGUUAUGCCAUUAAAAAGCGAAGGGGAAAACUUCCAUGUGGAAUUUACAAUGUACGUCUCUGGAACACAGGUCGAGUUAUACCUGUGCACUGUGACUUUAAUACAGAUACGGGAGGAUGGACGGUAUUUCAAUAUCGAUUCAACGGCAGCGUUGAUUUCUACAGAAACUUUAGUGAUUAUGAAAGGGGAUUCGGUUCUUUAGACGGCGAAUUCUGGUUAGGCCUUCAAAAUAUCUACGAAAUGGUUUUUCGAGGGAAAACAGAGCUGAGACUUGAUCUGACGGCAGCUGACGGAACAUCUGUAUACGAAACAUUUCAAAAUUUUAGACUCGGUGAAAGGCCGUAUUAUACUCUUCAUAUCGACAAGGGAGUCGGAACUGCAGGCGCUGGAGAUGGUUCAUCAUAUCACAAUGGUAGCCAUUUUUCAACUUUCGACAUGGAUCGUGAUGGAUCCAGUGAUAGAAAUUGCGCUAUAAUGGCCCAUGGUGGAUGGUGGUAUGACAAUUGUGCUAUGGCAAAUCUAAACGGUGAAUAUGUUACUCCUGGUACACAACGACCUGUCAAGUCGGAAGGUGGGAUGAUAUACUAUCCAUUUAGAAAGUAUGAGUCACUCAAGAUCUCUAAAAUGAUGUUCCGGCGGGUAUAAAUGCAACCUGAUCAAAUUUAACAAGAACAUAACGAUAUCAUUUUCAAACUAGUUUUUAUUGUAUCAAUGUAGGCAAUAUUUAUAAACUUUUAGACUUGUUUCUUUCUCUUUAAAUAUUUACAAAAGUUUAAGUAAGAUACCAUGUAUUAACUUGUGAAACGUUAAAAGUUUUAUUGUAUACGAAAUCACUUGAAAAAGAUAAAAUUUAUAUUUAAUAUUGAUGUGUAAUAAUUAUAGUAAUAUCAUGA